UUCGAAACACUAAAGCUUUGCUUUGAUAUCAAUAUGAGUUGUUUGGUAUUUGUUUUGGUUUCGUUUCUGGUUUUUGGAGCUGUGUUUGCGAGAGGAAGGAAUGGAGAAGUAGUGUUUGAUGAAAACUACAAGGUUAUUUGGGGAGCAGACCAUGUUGUGUAUUUGAACCAAGGGAAAGAAAUCCAGCUCUCCAUGGACAAAGCUUCAGGGUCUGGCUUUGGAUCCAAGAUGAAUUACGGGUCAGGGUUUUUCCAUUUGAAGAUAAAAGUACCAGACAGAGAUUCCGCUGGAGUAGUCACAGCUUACUAUCUGACAUCCCAAGGAGAGAGACAUGACGAAGUGGACUUUGAGUUCUUGGGGAAUAGAGAAGGCAAGCCUUACACGUUACAGACAAAUGUGUUCGCAGAUGGCAAAGGCAACAAAGAACAACGAAUUCGUCUUUGGUUUGAUCCCUCUGCUGAUUUUCACGAUUACAAACUUCUUUGGAACCCCCACCAACUAGUGUUUUAUGUGGAUGAUAUCCCAAUAAGGGUAUACAAGAACAAGAGCAAUAAGGGAGUGGCAUACCCAUCAAAGGCAAUGCAAAUCGAAGCAACGUUAUGGGAUGGAGAUAGUUGGGCCACUGAUGGAGGCAAAGCCAAAACCAAUUGGAGCUUUGCUCCUUUCAAAGCUUUCUUUCAAGCUUUUGAUGUUAAUGGCUGCCAACUUCAACCCUCAAGCAGUAAUAAUAAUGAUUGUGCUUCUAACAAGUUCUGGUGGAAUAAGCAACAGUUCUGGCAGUUGGAUCCUCAGAGACAAGCUGCUUAUCAAAAUGUUAAGAACAAGUAUAUGACUUAUGAUUAUUGCUCUGAUAAAACUAGGUACCCUGUACCUCCCAUCGAAUGUUCUUAUAAUUAACUACAAACUAUAUACCAAAUCCUUGGUCGGGCUUUAGAGUUUCAGAAAAAAGUUAUUCAUAGUU